AUGGACAUGACAGAGAUAAGUGAGGAAAUACCUGUCGAGGUAGCUGAACUUGAAGAAGAGGAACGCUGGACAAUGUUCUUUGAUGGGUCCUCAUACGACUCUUAUGGAGGAGCAGGAAUAGUCUUCGAAACGCAUAAGAAAGAAUUGUUAUCAUUCGCUUUCAAGCUGGACUUUGAAUGUAGCAAUAAUGUGGCGGAGUAUGAAGCAUUGAUCCUCGGAUUGCGGUUGGCGGAGGAACUCAACCUGGGAGCAAUUGAUAUCAAAGGGGACUCAAAGCUAGUCACAAACCAAAUAUCGGGCGACUUUCAGGUGAAAGAAGCACAUCUUGCGCCAUAUCGAGCGGAAGCCCAAGAGUUGAUCGCAAGAAGGGGAAGCAUUUUCGUGGAGCAUACAGGAAGAUCUACUAAUAAACACGCGGACGUUAUGGAUACGCUAGCGGCUAAGAUACAAUUAAAUGAAUCUGAUGAAGGCACUAUAGUGGUAAAAAAGAUAGCAGUGCCCAGCACAUGGAAAGAGGACGCCACAUUCGAGCUAAAAGAUGAUUGGAGAACAACAUAUAUCGAGGACCUGACAAGAGGAGCGGACGAUCAAGUAUUGCCCGUCAAAGUACUACAUCAAUUUGUUUUAAUACGAGGAGCAUUAUACUUUCGAACAUCUGGAGGCGCUUUAUCACGGUGCGUAGGAAAAUCAGAGGCACAAGAAAUACUGAAUCGCGUCCAUGAGGAGUCAUGCGGACAGACAGGAGGAAUCCCGUUAUAUCGACGGUUGCAAAGGAUGGGCGUGUACUGGCCAAGCAUGGCAGUUCAAGCAGCUGUGAUCCAAGACAAAUGCGACGAUUGCCAAGCACCUCCGCAACAGACAGAAAUAUGCAGCGUAGAGAUAGUGGACUGGAGACAACCCUACAUAGACUUCAUCCAGCAUGAGCGCCUGCCAUCAAACAGACAGGAGGCGUUAAAAAUUCAAAGGAAGUCUGGCCAGUUCUUCAUAAGUGAAGGCGUCCUUUACAGGAAAAGUUUCCGUGGCAAGGUAUUACGUUGUCUAUCACAGGAAGAGGCGGAAAUAGUCAUGGCUACAACCCACGAUGGCGAGCACCAGGGUAUGCGAAAGCUCUUUAUACAGCUACACGAAGCAGGAUAUUACUGGCCUACAAUGGAGUUCGAUACCGCCGAACACGUAAAGAGAUGUCAGCAAUGUCAAAGUCACGGAUCGCUGAUCCAUGCCCCACAUACUUGGUUGCACAGCGUCAUCACCCCAUGGCCUUUCCAUAGCUGGGGACUUGACAUCAUUGGGCAGAUAAAUCCAACCUCGUCCAGACGUCACAAGUAUAUCAUCACCACGACUGAAUAUUCUACCAAAUGGGUUGAAGCUAUACCACUCUGA